GUUGAAUUUCCCACAACCUUUUGUGCCCUGCCUAUUCUGUGUGUGCGAGCUCUUGGUCGAAACGUGCGCCCACUUCGACCGCUUCGAAUCAUUCUCUUUCUCGAGAAAUAUCAUACAGAGCUCCCCCACUCGAAGCAGUUUUCUCGAGUGCAAAUCAUAUAUCGUGUGGUCGAUACUUGUACCCGGGAGCAUACAGCUUCUCCGCCGCUACUACUAGAGAGUGGCCUCUACCGCUGAACGCUGAACCUACCAAAUACCAAACCAGACGACCUCGAUUCGAACCCCGCAUCGUAGAUCGCCACAAUGCCUCCCAAAAAGAAGAACAACAAGAAAGCCGCCGACGACUGGGAAAACGAACUCGGCGAAGCUGCUCCCACCACCGCCGAAGUCGCAGAGUCCAAAGAUGCAUCCGCCGCCCCAGCUGAGGAGGAGGAGGAUGGUCCAGCUGGUGGAUUGAUGGCUAUGAUGCGCAAGAGACAGAAGAAGAAGAAGGCGAAGCAGGGUGAGGAUUUUGUCGAGGGCGAGGAUCCUAUGGCGGAGGAUGCGGCGCCUGCUGCGUUGGAGGAGAAGGCUCCGGUUGAGGCGUCGAUUGAGGAUGAGUUUGCGCUGCCGGAGAAGAAGGGGAAGGGGAAGAAGGGUGGAGAGGCCAAGGCACCUGCUGAGGAGGAGGGUGGGGAUGAUGAGAGAGGGGCGGAUGGAAAGGUUCUGACGAAGGCGCAGAAGGAGAAGCUGAAGAAGGAGCGGGAGAAGCAGAGGAAGAAGGAGAAUGUGAGAUCUUACCUGGAUUCAUGAUUUUUGGGAGGCUUGUUUUGCUGAUACCUUGUGAUUUAGGCUGCGAAGAAGAAGGCUCAAGGUCCUGCUGCUAAGGCUCCUGAACCUGCGAAGGCUGCAGUGGUAGAAACUAAAGUUGAGGAAUCGAAGCCUGCUGCUGCCGCGGGUGGGAUACCAAAGAAGCUGCCUGCGCAUUUGGCGAAACUCCAAGCUCAACAAGAGGCUCUCCGAAAACGCGAGGAGGAAAAGGCCAGACUCAUUGCUGAGGAGAAAGCUCGCAUUGAGGAAGAAGAGCGCAGAGAGGCCGAGGAGGAAAAACGAAGAGAAGAAGCUAAGGCCUUGAAGAAGCAAAAGGAAAAGGAGAAGAUUGAGCAGCAGAAGAAAGAUGGCACGUAUCUUACCAAGACUCAGCGUGAGGAGAAGCUUAAGAAUGAGAUGAAGCUGAAGCAGAUGGUUGCUGCUGGUCUCAAAGUUGGUGGUGGUAAUGGAGGUGAGAAGAAAAAGCCAGUCUAUGAUAAUAAGAAGAAGAAGGGCGGACGAAAGAACCCAGAAGAGCUCAAGGUAGGAUUUCAGGUCAUUUUAGAGGUGAUUUAUCUAACAUGUCUUUAGCUCGAGGAAGAAAAGGCGCUUGCUGAAGCUGCUGAACGAGCACGAGUUGAGGCCGAAAAAGCCAUUGCAGAGGCGAAAGUCAAGGCAGAGAAAGAGGCUGCUGCUCUUGAAGCAGCCAAGGAGGCCGCUCAGGAGAGCGAUUUGGACGACUGGGAGCAAGCAGCUGCUGAGAGUGAGGAUGACUUAAAGGAGAGCUGGGAUGCCGAUUCGGAAGAGGAGAAAGAGAAAGCUGCUGCUAAAAAGGCAGCCACCGCAAAACCAGCGCAAUCAUUGCCAUCUCGAUCCAAGAAAGUUGAAGAAUCUGAAUCUGAGUCGGAUUCAGAGUCUGAAGAAUCCUCAGAGGACGAAGAGGCCAGUGCUGCACAAGCUGCUGCAGCUCUCAAGAAGAAAGAGGCGGCCGAGAGACGUGAAAAGGCACACGAGGCUGCAAUGGCAGCAAGAUCGAAAGAUAACCUACGUUCGCCAAUUUGCUGUAUUCUGGGACACGUCGAUACUGGAAAGACCAAGCUUUUGGAUAAAAUUCGACAAACAAACGUACAGGAAGGAGAAGCUGGAGGUAUCACUCAACAAAUUGGUGCCACUUACUUCCCAGUCGAGGCAAUUAGAACUAAAACCGCAGUGGUCAACCGAGAUGGCCUAUUUGAGUUCAAGGUUCCUGGAUUACUGGUUAUCGAUACCCCUGGUCACGAGUCUUUCUCGAAUCUGCGUUCUCGAGGUUCAUCUCUCUGUAACAUUGCCAUUCUGGUUGUCGAUAUUAUGCACGGUUUGGAACCACAAACUUUGGAAUCAAUGAAAUUGCUCAGAGAUCGUAAAACUCCGUUCAUUGUCGCCUUGAACAAGAUUGAUCGUCUGUAUGGAUGGAAGAAGGUUGACAACAAUGGUUUCCAGGAGAGUUUGGCUUUACAGAACAAGGGAGUUCAGAAUGAAUUCGCAAAGCGUCUGCAAGAUACCAAGAUUGCCUUUGCAGAACAGGGAUUCAACUCUGAACUUUACUACGAGAACAAAUCCAUGGCCAAGUUUGUUUCUUUGGUUCCAACCUCUGCUCACACCGGAGAAGGAAUUCCAGAUAUGCUCAAGUUGAUCCUACAAUUGACCCAGGAGAGAAUGGUUGGUUCACUGAUGUAUCUCUCCGAGGUUCAAUGUACUGUUCUGGAGGUCAAGGCCAUUGAAGGUUUUGGAAUGACUAUCGAUGUCAUCUUGUCGAACGGUAUUCUCCGAGAAGGUGACAAGAUUUGCUUGUGUGGUGUUGACGGUGCGAUCACAACAAACGUUCGAGCUCUCUUGACUCCAGCUCCUCUCAAGGAACUUCGACUCAAGUCGCAGUAUGUCCACAACAAGGAGGUAAAGGCUGCUCUCGGUGUGAAGAUCAGUGCCCCAGGCCUUGAAGGUGCUAUCGCUGGUUCUAGACUAAUGGUCGUUGGACCCGACGACGACCAAUCCGAUAUCGAGGCUGAGGUCGAAUCCGAUCUUGGUGCUCUGUUCAGUCGUGUAGAGAAAUCAGGACGUGGUGUCACAGUUCAAGCCUCAACCCUGGGAUCUUUGGAAGCUCUUUUGGAUUUCUUGAAGGUGUCCAAGAUUCCUGUUGCAAAUGUUGGUAUUGGACCAGUCUUCAAACGUGAUGUCAUGAACUGUGGCACCAUGUUGGAGAAGAACAAGGAGUAUGCAGUGAUGCUGUGUUUCGAUGUCAAGAUUGACAAAGAAGCUCAACUGUAUGCUGAUGAACAGGGUAUUAAGAUCUUCACUGCGGAUAUUAUUUAUCAUCUGUUUGACGCUUUCACGAAACACAUGGCUCUCAUUGCAGAGAAGAAGAAAGAGGACUCGAAGCUUUUGGCUGUCUUCCCUUGCGUUCUGACGCCGGUUGCAGUCUUCAACAAGACGGGUCCUAUUGUUGUGGGAGUCGAUGUUGUUGAAGGAAACCUGCGAAUGCAUACCCCUAUCGCAGCGGUCAAACAAAAUACAGUGACUGGAGUCAAGGAGAUUGUUAGUAUAGGAAGAGUGUAUGUUGACCCGUUUCUAUCUCUCGUUACUCCCAUAAUUCCUAAACGUAUCCCUUACUAACUCAUAACUCCCAGAACCGGCAUCGAAAGAGACCACAAACAACUCACAAUCUGCAAGCGAGGUCAACCAUCCGUUGCCGUCAAAAUUGAGAUGGGCUCCCAUCAACCAACGUACGGACGGCAUCUUGAGGAAAAGGAUACGUUGUACUCGCUCAUCAGUCGGGCGAGUAUUGAUACGUUGAAGGAGUUCUAUCGGUCGGAUGUUAGUAAUGACGAGUGGUUGCUGAUCAAGAAGCUGAAGCCUCUUUUUGAUAUCCCUUAA